AUGCUGAGAUCUUUACUACUACUACUGGGCUUUACGGUCGUCUGUGCAGCCGAUUUACCCCGAGGAGUCCCGAUAACAGAAAGCAGCUUCUACAAAGUUGCCAAGGAAUUCAAAUGCCUCGACGGGAGCCUGAAAAUCCCAUUCGAUCAGGUCAAUGACGACUAUUGUGACUGCCCGGAUGGAAGUGAUGAGCCUGGUACAUCCGCGUGCCCAAACGGAAGAUUUUUCUGCACAAAUGAUGGCCAUUCUUCGAUGUUCAUCCCGUCGUCAAGAGUGAACGAUAAGAUCUGUGAUUGCUGCGAUGGCUCGGACGAAUGGGGAAGUGGGGUCCAGUGUCCAAACAUUUGCCACGAACUCGGAAAAGCGACUCGUGAAGAGAACGAACGAAAGGCUGUCGUUGCACGCAAAGGAUGGGCCGUUCGACAGGAGAUGGCACGAAAGGGCAAAGACAUCAAGACAGAAAACGAGGUCAAAGUUGGGCCAUUGACAGCCGAACGAGAUGAUUUGGUUCCAACAAGGGAUGAACUUGAGAAAAAAAAGAAAGCUACCGAGGAAGCCGAACGAACCGCCAAGGAUGAGUUCAGGAAGAAGUGGGAAGAUGAAAGAAAUCAACGUAAACGCGUGAAAUCGGACGAAAUGUUCACUCAAUUGGAUCUGAAUGCUGACGGAAAACUAACUCUGGACGACUUUGCGAACAAUCCAAUCUUUGAUGUUAAUAAAGACGGACUUGUUGAUGAAACGGAAGCAAAGACAUUUUUGUUUAACACAGAGGAAGCCGACAAAGAGCAUUUCUACGCUCAAAUGUUCGAUUCGAUCAAGAUCAGGCUCAGAGCGAUAGAAGACGAGAAACGCGAUGAAGAAACUGACAGAGGAGAAGACGACCUUUUGGCCGAUGAAAAUAAGGAUGCUGAAGAGGUGGAGGAAGAUGAGUAUGAAGAGACAGAGGAUUCAGAAUCGGAUGAAGACAAACAUCUCGAUGUGCCACCAGCAAAUGAUGAUGAAGAGUAUGGAACAAUGCCUGACUACCCAGAAGAGAUUAAAACUUUAUCAUCAGAACAUGAAAAGGCACGUGAGGAAUGGCAAGAAGUCAACUCUAAAGUCUCCGAUUUGGAUAGACAAAUCAAUGAUGCUGAAGCUUAUCUUAAUCAAGACUUUGGAAAUGAUGCAGCAUGGGCAGUUCUCAAAGGACAAUGUUUCGAAUACAACGAAGAUCAGUACACGUACAAAUUAUGUCCAUUUGACAAAGCCGUGCAGAAAGAGAAAAAUGGUUACUCGGAAACUAGACUUGGAGAUUUCACGGGAUGGACUGGAAAAGAACCACGCAAAUACUCCGAGCAAAUGUACGAAAAGGGUCAGCAAUGCUGGAAUGGACCUCAAAGAAGCACCAAGGUGAUUAUUGAAUGUGGUGAAAUUGACGAACUAGUGGAAUCAUCGGAGCCCGCAAAAUGCGAAUAUCAGUUUGUGUUCCGAACGCCCGCAGCUUGUAACAAUCCCGACCAGCCAGAACCUGUCCACACCGAAUUG